UUUCCUAGCAUGCUAAGCUAACUCAUUUCGUAUGCUGCUGGAAGGCGACAUGGGGGCUGUAUUUCACAGCCUUUAGUGAUCGUAGCGGUGCAUGCUAAUAAUUCUAAUCAGACUGAAAUCUGAGAGUUUCCUUUUUAUUACGCUGCUGGGUCCAGUCUCACCAUGGAGUCGAUGCUGAACAAAUUGAAAAGCACCGUCACUAAAGUGACGGCAGAUGUCACCAGCGCUGUUAUGGGCAACCCGGUGACACGGGAAUUCGAGGUUGGCCGACAUAUUGCCAGUGGAGGUCCCGGUUUAUGCUGGAGGAUCUAUAACGGCACCAAGAAGUCCACCAAACAGGAAGUCGCAGUGUUUGUGUUUGAUAAGAAGAUGAUCGACAAGUAUCAGAAAUUUGAGAAGGACCAGAUCAUCGAUUCCUUAAAAAGAGGGGUGCAACAGCUGACUAGACUGCGUCACCCGCGCCUCCUGACUGUGCAGCAUCCUCUGGAAGAGUCCCGAGACUGCUUGGCAUUCUGCACAGAACCAGUGUUUGCUAGUCUGUCCAACGUGUUGGGCCAGUGGGACAACCUGCCCAGCCCUGUGCCCAAAGACAUCAAAGAAUACAAACUAUAUGAUGUGGAGACCAAAUAUGGCUUACUGCAGAUGUCGGAGGGUUUGUCAUUUCUUCACAGCGGGGUUAAGAUGGUUCAUGGUAACUUAUGUCCAGAGAAUAUUAUCCUGAAUAAGAGCGGCGCCUGGAAGAUCAUGGGCUUUGACUUUAGCAUAUCUUCAAACAACCCGGCAGACGCAGAGCCAAAGUACACGUGUAAAGAGUGGGAGCCCAGCCUGCCACCCCUCUGCCUCCCUAACCCUGAAUACCUGGCCCCUGAGUACAUCCUGUCUGUCAGCUGCGACUCGGCCUCAGACAUGUACUCUCUCGGCGUUGUAAUGCAUGCCGUUUUCAACGAAGGCAAACCUGUAAUCCAAGUCAACAAGCACGAUAUUUUUAAGAGUUUCAGCAGACAGCUGGAUCAGCUGAGCAAUAUGAGUCCAUCCCUGCUCAGUAAGGUUCCAGAGGAGGUGCGGGAACACGUCAAGAUGUUGCUCAGUGUCUCUCCAAAUGUUCGUCCUGAUGCAGACCAGAUGACAAAGAUUCCAUUUUUUGAUGAUGUUGGGGCUGUAACAUUGCAGUACUUUGAUACCCUCUUCCAAAGGGACAACCUGCAGAAAUCUCAGUUCUACAAAGGGUUACCCAAAGUGCUGCCAAAGCUACCAAAGAGAGUUGUUGUGUACCGCAUAUUGCCUGCGUUGACCUCAGAGUUUGUCAACCCAGACAUGGUUCCGUUCGUGUUGCCCAAUGUGCUGCUGAUUGCAGAGGAGUGCACCAAGGAGGAGUAUGUUCGCCUCAUCCUGCCUGACCUCUCGCCUGUUUUUAAGCAGCAGGAGCCUCUCCAGGCUAGUAAUAUGAUCCUCCUAAUAUUCCUGCAAAAGAUGGACCUGCUUCUGACGAAGACGCCAGCAGACGAUAUCAAGAACAGCGUUCUUCCCAUGGUCUACAGGGCUGUGGAAGCUUCCUCAGUACAGAUCCAGGAGCUGUGCUUGAACAUCAUCCCAACAUUUGCCAACCUGAUAGACUACCCAUCCAUGAAGAAUUCUCUCAUCCCGCGCAUCAAAUCAGCCUGCCUACAGACGUCCUCUCUCGCUGUGCGAGUAAACUCCCUGGUGUGUCUGGGAAAGAUUUUGGAGUAUCUGGAUAAGUGGUAUGUCAUCGACGAGAUCCUUCCCUUCCUGCAACAGAUCCCCUCUAGAGAACCGGCUGUACUGAUGGGCAUUUUAGGAAUCUAUAAAUGCACGUUCACCCACAAGAAGCUUGGCAUCCCCAAAGAGCACCUCGCCACAAAGAGUUUACCCCACCUGGUCUCCCUUAGUAUAGAUAAUAACCUCAAUCUAAAUCAGUUUAAUUCUUUUAUGUUGGUAAUCCGAGAUAUGCUGAACCGCAUGGAGGCUGAACACAAAACCAAACUGGAGCAGCUGCAUAUCAUGCAGGAGCAGCACAGAAGUCUAAACAUCACAAAUCCAGGGAACUCAACCGAAGAGACUAAAAGCCCCCCCACCUCUGCAAACCAGAUUGACGACAUAUUUGGCAGCACGAGUGUUAAUGGGAAAGAAAAUGGAUCUGCAACAACAGCGACGUCGCAGCCUAAUAGGGUAUCUCUGACGCUAGAGGAGAAACAAAGAUUAGCCAAGGAGCAGGAGCAGGCAGCUAAACUGAGGAGCCAGCAGCCUUUAGCGCCUCAGGCCAUCAAGCCAGCUACCUCUAGCAGCUCAAAGACUAAAGAUCUGACCAGCAGCCUGCUCAACAACAUGACAUCACUAAACAGCCUGUCUUUAGGAAGCUCAGUGAGACCUCCUCCAGUGCAAGGCACCACCAUGGCUGCCUUCCCCUCCUCUGGUCCUAUGGUGGGUCCAGUCUCUAAUGGAUUCAACCCAAGCAUGGGUUUCCAAUCAGCAGGCCUUGGGAUGGGGAUGCGACCUUCGGGCCCAGGCCUCUAUGGAGGAAUGGCGGCCACCACCAGUGCACCAAACUUCGGGGCCCUUUCGCAGAAUCAAGGACCAUCUGGGCUGACGAACAGAGCGCCUAACAUGUCGGCCCUGGACAACCUGUUUACAGCCAACAAGCCCAAAGUCCCUCUCAACCAAAUAGGUUCCCAGGCUGCAUCUGGAGGCAGCACCCCCUGGGUGAGUCAGUUUGGUCCGGGUCAGAACGCGCAGACUCAGAUGCAGGGCGCGGCGGUAGGGAUGGGAGGGAUGCCCGCCGGGUUUGGGAUGCAGGCAAAUCCUUUUUUCAGCCCGCAGAACUUUUCUCAACCAGGCGCCGCCCCGAGUAUGAACCCCAGCGGAGUCAAACAGAGCGCAUCCGUCAACAACGAUCUGCAGGACUUAUUCGGUUGAAAAAGAGGUGAAGAAGGACCACUGAUGAAGUAUAUUCUUUCAAAGACUGUAGAGAGAAGAGCUUUGGAUUAUCACAGGACACUGUAUGACUGUGGAGCACUUUCAGAGGUGUUUUGUAUUUUUAAUCUCGUCUAAUUUAACGUCUCGUGCUGAAGUUCUGCUGGAAAAUGAAAGCUGUACCAACAGUUGGGUGUGGGUACUGCUACUUUUACGUUUCGGUCUUUCAGUGCUGGGGGGUUUCCUACUGUUUUUCUACUUUCCCAGACAAAUAUAUUGGGUCAGGAGGAGUCUGAUCUCAGAUCAUUCUUGAAUAUACUAGAGAAAGGAGAGUAUUUUACCUAAAGAACAACAUAUUUUCAUUUUCAUACCUUGGAUAUAUAAAGGAUCUGUAGUUUUAGAUGCAGUCCUUCCUCACUUCACCUGUUAUGUUUAUUUAACGAUCAACUCAACAAUCUUGGGGGUCAUUCAUUCUUAAUGUGACCAAACUCGCCUCGCCUCCAUUCCUUCAGUCAGCCUCCGUUUGCUACCAUUUCAUUAGCUUUGCAGGUAAUUAUUGUAGUUUCUAUUAUUGGAGAGUGAGACUCCCUUCUGGGCGGGAUCUUUGUGGAAGAGCUGUUACUGCUGUGUUUUAGGGAAUCCCAACGCUUAAGGCAGUUUGAAAAACAUAUGUGCAUAUUUUGUGCCUUACAAUGGUAUAAGUCUGCAGCUCAGCAAUGGUAGGGAUAGUCCAGGGCGAAAUACACUUAGCUUAACUAUUUUUUGAAUAAAAUACCAUUAUUCCUUGUAUAAACACAAAGAAAGCAGAAAGUUAUGUUACUGUUGGUGAAAAGAGGAACAUCAAUGAUUCCUACUGCUGCUAGAAGGAGCUUUUGGUUGGUUGUGAGUGGAGUAAUUGGUAUUAAACAGGUAAAAACAAAUGAUUAGAGUUGACAUUUGGAAGAUUUGAUGCCUUGCAUUAGAGAUCAGAGAUGUUAGUAUUGUUUAAUUAACAAUAUCCAUAAAUAAUUCCAUAGAAUUUAAACCCCUACAAUAUGUUAGAGGAAAAAAAACAGGGAUUUUGCUUCACUUGUUGGGUUUUAGUUCCUUCUAGUCUUGAUUUAUGAAGCUCUAAUUACCAAUAUAGACCUCACAAUGUCUCUACAUUAUGUAAAAGUUGGCAUUCCUUUCAAAAUCUUUAGAAUCCCUCCUUUUUAUCAUCUCAGUGAUAUUAAAGAAAAGUGUUUUCUUUCGCUCAGUAAAAACGUCUUUACUGAGUGUUUUAUCGCCACAUCCUGGAAGCUGGGAGAUGAUUUAAUGGUUAGAUUAGCAGUUUCCUCUUAGCAGCUGAUUUCUCUAUGAGUUGCUGUAACAUUUAUUGAUUAUUUAAUUAACGCAUAGGUUUUUCCACAAAUGUCGAGUAGACACCAAAACUCGCAACAGGAAAAGUGUAGCAGUCUACUUCAACCAGCUGACCGGGAGUGCUCAGCAACAAGUGGGGGUGGGACAUUGUUGCUUAAUCUAUACAACUGGAAAAACCUCCUUUUGUUCCUCGCUCUAGCAUUGCUUCCAUUGGCUUCAGGAACAACAUAAUGGAGGAUUUUAUUGAUUUAUUGAAGCUGUAAUCUUUUUAAUAUCUGGACAUAUCCUGAUGGGCUAACCGGCCCAUUCCUACAUAAGGAUAUUCUUCCAAUGUGUUUGACUUGCUUUGUAACAUUUCACUGAUAUCAAUGAUCAGUGAUCAGAUAUUGACCAGUUGAUAUUUACACAUCAUCUCUGCUCAGAAACCACAUGGACCGCAUCAGCAUCCAAGGCUUUAUCUUCCUAAUCUGUCGCAUCUCAGCCUGUUGAUCAUGUGUGUUAGUAUAAAGUGUAAAGCAAAGCUCCAUUAGGGCCUUUAGAUUAUUUCUCUUUUGUGAUUCUGGGUAAGAGGCCUUAGAUGAGUUGAGUGCAAUAAUCCUUUGCGGUUCUUAAAGGGUACAAAUUGUCUGAACAAGCUUUUGUUGCGUCUGCAACUUUCUCUGCUGACCUGCAAUAACAUCACUGUCCUGAUAGGUUUUUAUUAACGACUGGAUAUUAAUGUAUAUUCACUCUGAAUUAAACUUUUUUUUGUAUUUUAGAUGCACCUUGCUCACAAUGGUUCUGCUGAUUGUGCUUUAAAAUAAACUUCUCUUUAGGUUUUGUUCAUUUCCACAUCAAUGCGUUUCAACCAGUUUUUGCUAAUCUGAUGUAAUUAUCAGUUUUAUUUUCCAAACUGUAGCAGAGCCCCCAAAGUGAACAGAAAUGAACUUUGACUAUCUGUAAAUUACUGCUGUCCUGUUUGUGAAGUGUGAUGUUUGUUUUUGUUCAGUUGCUGCUUUCUGAAGGUCUGUACAUAUAUAAAAACAUACAAUCUAAUCUAUUCUCAAAUGAUGGUUACUGUUUUUGUCAUUUUUAAAAAUUUGAUUAGCAUUUCUUGUUGGCUAAUAACAGAUAAAAUAAAAUA